CCCCCACCCGGAUGUUUGGUCUCUAUUCUGUGUGGGAGGCCGUAGGAAGGAAGCAGAUGGCGCUGCCCUCAGUUCACAGGUGCCUCCAACUCAAUCAAGAAAAUCAGCUGCUGCUUAAAAAGCUGAGGCAUGUACGCCUAAAAAACAAGCAGUUAGAAAAUGACUUGGCACAGUUACAAGAACAACUGCAAGGGCAAAAGAAGUUAAUGCCAACUUGUGUCACAAAGAGAGAUGUGCUGGUCCAAACAGAAAUCCACUUAUCUCAUAAAGGUGAUGGGAUUUACCGCAAGGAACAUGAAACAGUAAAGGAAAAUGCUAGAAUACUCCAAAUGUAUCAUAAUCUACAGAAAAGAUAUAAUAAAGAAUUAAAAGCAAACCAAGGACAAUGUGAAACAAUUGCAACACUUUCUGUUAAAAUUAAUGAUCUGGAACAUCAACUUAGUAAGCAAAACCAAAAGAUGAAAGAACUGGAAAGUAAACAGAUACGACCAAAGGACAAAACUGUUCCAGCACAGAGAAAAAAUUCAUAUUACAAAUGUGUGUGCAAAAAGAAAGGGAGCUGUUCCUGCAAAUAUUUAGACCAGUUGCUUUUUGAGAUUCAGCGUCUGAAGAUAGAAAAUGAAACACUAUCCAAAGAAAGAAGAAUGUUGAGAAAUGAGCUUGCUGCGUUAGACAAGGAUUUUAUUGAUGAAAUAGAAGAUUUAAAAUAUGCUCUUCAAGAAGCCAUAAAACUGAAUACUCAGUAUGAAAAGUAUUUGAAACAAUUAAGUUCAACAUAUGGAAUCACUUUUACAUCAACUUUGACAGCUGGUAGUCAUCGUGGAACUUGAUAGAAAUAAAAUGCUCAACCGAGAUUAUUAAUAAACUGUUUAAAAUUGACUUCACUCUGUAAAAUUAAUUUGCUUAUGAGGAAAACAUUCAUUUUGCAAUAAAAUCAUGACUUUGACCAAUGUUUAAUCCUCUGCAUAA